AUGUCCUCAAUGAUGUGCACCGUUUGCCAUCAGCAGCAGUCAUCUUACUGUGAUAUGUGUGGUUCAUGUCUGGAUAAUUGCCUUGCAUCCACCACACCCUCACCAGUUGAACCCACCAGUGGACCUGCUUCAAUGGAACAAGGCCUCUCAUUGCUAGUCAAUCCCAGUAAUCCUUAUCCUCAGCCAAACCAUCCCCCAAACCUCAUACCAAAUUACUUGCAACACACUACACCCUCUAGCCAUCCCUCCUCCAGCGCAUCAUUUAGCUCACAUGCUUUCAAACAUGCUGCUGCAACAGUGGCAGCCCACAACAACUUCCUUCAGCACCCUCCAACCCCAUCAUCACACCUUUUGCCACACCUUCCAGGCCACACCUCUUCCCAAUCAUUCGACCCACUUGCAGUGGCCAAAGAAAACAGUACUUGUACAGCCUCUGGCUUCCCGGCAACUAGAGCAGAGCAAUCCAGGGGAGGCACAGGGACAACUACUUCCACCUGA